UGAAGCACUCUCAUUUGGAGAAUUUAGCUAAAAGCUUUCCUCAUCCCAUCCAGUAAGUAGCUAGGUAUAAUUCCGUCAUCGUUCCAAAGUAUGAGUUCAUUUUGAUAUCGAUGAUGCCGUCUAUUAAAGCCUAAAGUUGUUUAGAUUUUUUCUUUCGACAGUUCGCUUUUCACACUUGUACCUAUAUCAGCGGAACUCGCGUUUAUUAAGUAUCAAUAUAAUUUCGAAAAACUGGGCCAAAACGUGUGUUUGGUAGCACAGUCUUUAGUCUUUAACAAACGACCAACCUGUUUUUUUAAUUUUCUAAGUUCUGUGCAUUCAAAAACAAAAUGUAUUAAACAAAAGAAAGAAGCUUUUUGAAUUUACAAUAUUUAUAAGUUGCAUUUGAUUUGGAAGAAAGUAACAUACACAACGAAUUAAUUAGCAUAUUUAGUUGAACCAUAAAAACCAAAAAAAAACACGGCCUUUGAUUUGAAAAAAAAAAAAAUAAAUAAAUUAAUAAACAACAAAAACAACCUAAAAAGAAUGAACAGAAUAUUGCGAGGUAUUCUACUCUAUCGGAAUACAGACCGACUGCAGAUGGUUAAGGAAUUUGAACAAGUUCGCGACCACCCUGAGCCAAAAGCUGUGUUCUUCACAUGUAUGGACAGUCGAAUGAUUCCUACAAGGUUUACCGAGACUCACGUUGGGGACAUGUUUGUUGUGCGAAAUCCAGGCAAUGUCAUUCCUCAUGCACAUCACUUUGAAGAUGAGUACUUUAGCUGUGAACCCGCUGCUCUGGAACUCGGCUGUGUGAUAAACAGUGUGCGACACAUUAUCGUGUGCGGCCAUAGCGAUUGCAAAGCAAUGAAUCUCCUUUAUCAAUUAAAAGAUCCUGAUUUUAGUUCACAAAAAAACCGACGUCUAUCUCCUCUUCGAUCGUGGAUGUGCACUCACGCUGGAUCUAGUUUAACCAAAUUUACCGAAUGGAAAAACAACGGAAUGAAAGAUCCUCUUAUAUUUUCCUCAGAAACGCCAACAAGAAAAUUUGUAGCAUACAUUGAUCCUGAAGACAAGUUUGCACUCGAAGAUAAACUCUCACAAAUAAAUACCCUACAUCAAGUUUCUAAUGUUGCAUCCUAUGGAUUUCUCAAGGAUAGAUUAAAAACACACGACUUGCAUAUUCACGCACUUUGGUUUGAUAUCUAUACAGGAGAUGUCUAUUUCUUUAGCCGAGGAGCUAAGAGAUUUGUUCCAGUCGAUGAAGAUAAUUUCCAUAAACUCUCCGAAGAAGUCCGAAAAUAUUAUUCAUAGAAAAAAGAAAAUGUAACAGCCAUGUUGAUUGAUUGGUUUAAAAAGACAUCGUGAUAUUUUUGUGUAAA